UAUUAGGAUCUGUGAAUGCAUUGUGCCCUUGACUGAAAGAAACAUUGGUGGUUAACAUACAAUAUAACUUCUGCAGAAAACCUAUGCAACAGGGUAUGACUAUGACUGUAACAUAAACAAAUUACAUGUCAUGUACAGAUAACCUUAAAAGUCAACUCAAAUAAACCAAGCAACCAUAUCAUGACAUUUAUAUUAAUCAAGAUAAACAGAAUCCCUUUAAAAUAAUUGUGUGGUUUUAUAUAAAAAUGCAAGAUGUGCUAGUAUAGCCUAAAUGAAACAUUUAUUUCCUUGGAAGAAUAGAUACCAAAACUUUUUAUUCCUAAAUGUUCCAUAUGGAAUUUUAACAAAAUUAAGUGGUAAACACAAAGUACCUUUGGAUUAAAGGAGCUAUCGGGUAUCACAUAUAAUAUAUAGCUGUUAGCCCUUCUAGUAUCUUAGCAUAUUUAAACACUUCAAAUAGAAUCCUAAGCAAGUUUAUUCAGAAGUAAGACCCAUUGAAUUCAAUGGAACUUGCUUUCAGUUAAGUGUAUAUAGAAUCACAGGCUUUAAUAAGAUGAUGAUAUGGUGAGAAAAACACAAAGCUUUUAAAAAUUGUUGUGAAUGUAAUAAACAUUUGGGACUGCAGGUGUAAAAUAGCCUUUGAUACACAGUCAGUGGCUUCAAUCAUAAAUGAAUUCUUCAAUGUAGAUGAACAUUUGAGAGUGUUUAGAUUCUAAAGAUUCAAAUGUGGAUAUAGCACAGAAUGUUAGAUCUGUUUUUAAAAACGGGCAGUUUCCUUCUUAGUCAUUGUAUCACCUUCAAGAUCUCGGGGUAGGGAGGAACUGUCUUAAUAAGGGAAGGUACUCAAAACUACAAAAUGUUGAACUUGCAGCAUAAAACGUAUCUUAUUUUUCUGUAUCCAUGCUAGGCAAACUGAAGUAUUGCAAAAGCGUGUGCAUAUUUUCAUGUUCUCCAGAACAUUUUGUCAGUCUAGAUAGAGAGUGAACAAAUUUGAUGGUAGAGUGUGGGGUGAGGUAGAAGAUGUUCAAAUGAGGCUCUGGCAGGUGAGUAUCUUCUGGGAAGCAGCAGCAUAUACAAUGGUUUAUAAGAAUAUUAGAAAAUAUAGAAUCUAGCUGUUACCCAGAUGGGUCUCCGUCCUUGGACAAAACAUAUCAGUUUCUUAGUAGGUAGAAAUACAGGCAGGGUUUUAAAAUAAACAAAUCUGAAGGUUAAUUUCAGGCAGCGAGGUAGGUUUUUAAAAAAUUAAAAUUAAAAAGUAGGAGGCAAAGUGAGUUACUUCACCUAACGGCCCCUUUGGAAUGGGUUGCAUCCAACACAGCCCAUGCAUGAGCAGUACUGGCUUUUGCAAUUGGACUUCACCUUCCUCACCUCCACCCUCAUGCAUGUCCUCAAAAUCUAUUCCAAAGGGUUGAGGGAUCCUCUGAAGCAGAUUUUGGUGGUACAUGGGAGGCGGGGGGAGGGAGAGGAAAGUGAAGUCUACCCACCCGAUGUUGGAUCCUGCCCAGUCCCCUUCCACAUUGCAUCUUAAGACUCAGUAAAUGCAAGGUCUAUCCUUGGCUCAAGCAUCAGACAUUUUUCUUCCACAUCCUUUGUUUUCUUUGCCAGUUCAUCUGAUGAAGAGUUCUGGUCAGUGCUCUUUUUUUUUUAAAGGAAAAACCAGUGCUGGUAUUCAGUGUGAAGUUGUUACAGUAAGUGCCACGCUUUUAACAUGGGGGGAGAGAAGGUGCCAGUACUAUGUACCCUUGCUUACCCUUAGGGGGGAAAGCACUGGAGAACAAAAAAAAAAAAAUGCACACUCUUUUGUAAGAUGUUGGUUGGUCUAGGAUAUAUACUGCCCUAAUGGGGGUGGGGGGUGUAUAAAAUAAUUUAUUAUGGGCCAACAUGGCUACCAUAUAUGAGAAGGUGGAAUUAAGAAAUAUAAUGACACGUAUCAUCAUGGAAAUUGCAUAUGAUAUAUACAGCUGAUAACAGUAGAUGUCUAAGGAGAUGCAAUCACCACAUCAUAAGAUUAUCUAGGAGAUUAAGGCACUAUAUUGUGAUUAUGCAGCUAAAUUCAAAAGUUUUGGGAAACAGUCUAGAUAUUUGUGGCUUGGAUAUCACCCGAUGCUUUAUUAUAUUCUGAUGUGACAAUACUGUCACUAUCAAAUAUUCAGGUAUCCUUCCUUAUUACAUAUAAUUGCCAGAUUGAGUUUGGCUGGACAUCAGAAAAUGAGGUUUCCUCAUCUCCAACAGACUGGCUUAACUGGGUCUGUGUGAUGUUUACUUCAAACAGACAGACAACAAAUCAUCAAUACAAUAUCAAGCUGUAACUGAUGUUGGGUUGUCAGUGAGGUUAAUUUUCUUCUGCAUGCUAAUUAUUAUAAUUCGUUAUGAGGAAUGUUUUCCUGUAAAAAUUGAUUUUUACAAAUACAAAUAAAGAAAUUGAGAUUUACAAAUGUAGUCUUCAAUGUUCAAUGUUAACACACAUCUUUCAAAUACAUACUUCUGUAUAAUUUGAUAGUUUAGCUAGGGCACAUAAACUAAGGCACAAGGGAGACAAUUUGGUUGUGAAUGUAACCUGAUGGUAUUCCAGUUAAUUGUAUUUUUUUAGUGUUCUGCAAGAUCAUGGUAAAAACAAAAGGUACAAAAUAAUAAUAAAAAUUAUUCAUGUAAAAUUAUAAAUCCUCUCCUUUCUCUGCACACUCUCAAUCUCGUCUCACUUUCUUCUGUUAUUAAGACAUCCCUGGUUAAACAGACAAGAAUAAGGGUUAUAUGAGCUGAAAUGCAGGAUAAUCCUGGCUCUUUAAAUAAAACAAGCUUUCUCUGUUCCUCAGUCAUGUCACAAGGUUGCUAGGUGACCUGAAAACACUCCAGUUGUAGGAAGCGCAGGAGAAAUUCAGAGAGAAAUUCCAAAGGGUAAAAGGGAUGGGUGGGAGGGGCGCUGUACCCACCCUUCUGAGAAUUAACAAAGCCUACAAAUUGCCAGACUUCAACUCCUUUGCAAUAUUUGGUGUGUUUACCAAUGUGGAGUCCACAUUCUGUGGCAACUGAAAACAUCAAGGAAAGAAGUCAUGCCAAAGCUAAAAGGCAAACCAAAACCUAAAGCCGGCUUAGCUAUGAAUAUCCUUGAAAAGUUCCUGCAAACUUAUGAAAAGCAUUGCACGGCAUCCCAAAGUUGUGUCAGUCCAACUAUCAAACAGGACUUACAGCAAUGUGUAACAAAUGAUAUGUUCAUUACUAAGUUUGUGCUUACAAAUGUAGAGAGCUUAUCAAGAAAUGUGCAUCCAGUUUAUCUCACUCCUUUACUGAGGACUAUCCGAGAUGAACGAUAUCGGCGAGGGAAGGAGCUCUGUAUCUGUGGAAUUAACCUAUAUCCUCAAGAUAUUGCAAACCUUGCAAUCUUGCUAGAACUGGAUGGACGUACCAUCUACCCCUUUUCCAAAUUAGAAAUAACUCAUCAUGUAUUAGACCUUUGGAGCAUGGAGAGACUUGGAAUGGCUCUGCCUUACAGCCGUCUGAGUUCUCUUGUUCUGGAUUAUUCCAAAUGUGGUGAUAACUGUGUCAGUAGACUUACUGAUGGAUUAGAUGGGAAUAGAAAGCUUUUAACUCUGAGCCUCUGCUACUGUGAUUUAGGGCCCAAAAGUGGAUUAACAUUAGCAACUCUUGUAGUCCAAACUGCCAUUUGCAACUUGUUCCUGAAUGGUAAUCACUUGCAAUGUUUGGGUGCCAUAGAACUCCUCAGACCAAUAGCAGAGUUUGAAGAAAGCAUUGGACAAGUAAAGAAAGCAAAUGCUCAACUCAGCCUUGAAGCAGCCAACAAAGAUGCAGAUCUUCAUUCAAAAGUUGCGAAUCUGAACACUACUUCGAAGACAAACAGUCCUACGACAAUGGAAAAUAGGAAGAAAAAGAAACGGAAAGUCUCAAAGAAAAAGCAUAAGAAACCUGACCCUGGCCCAUGGUUAGCUAGGCUGCAUUUGGCUGAUAAUGCUAUAGAUGGAAGGUUUCGCCAAACAGAAGAAAACAUCAGAGAGUUUGUGCAGCUGUUGACCAGUUUAAUCAGGAACUCUGACCAUCUAGUGGAAGUUGAUAUCGAUGGCAAUGCUAUAGGAGAACAAAGUGCAAUCAGCAUAUUGGAAGCUCUUAAGGACCGAAAGAAAGACAAAAUGCCACACAUAAACAUUGAGGUAACACCCCAGAUGUCAUCAAUGACCUUCAGGGAAAUUUUCAAGAAUUGUUCAAAAACAGCAAAAAAGAGGAAGAAAAAGAAAACCAAGUGAUGAAGUCUGGAUUUGCCUCCUGCAGAAAUUAGGUUCAAAGAGGUUAACAUACUUCAGCAAUUAUUUACAUGAUGUUCUAAUCAUUGAAAUACUACAAAGACGGUUUAGACUACUUUAUUGUGAAAGUACUUUAUAACUAUUUACAACCGCUUCCAUUUUAUUGGAUUAAAAGUAUGCAACUGCCAAAAAAACACCUUCCUGGUAGUACAACUUA